ACAAGGAAUACAUUGGAUGAGAGGCUGAGCUACAUUAUUCGGAGGGCCAAUCAAAUGGCAUUUUACAUAUUACAGUGAUUCAAGCUGAGCCAGCUUUCAGACUUGCAACUUUAGACAGAACUAUUUGGGAGUGUGUAUUUUUUCUGCAGAGUGCCACGUGUAUAGUAACAGUAGAGAAAAGAUCAAGGGUCUGACUGUCUUCUGUUUCUGGCAGAGAAAGAGAAGGUAACAAUGCCUUCCUACCCCAAGUUUCUAUUCUUACUGCAGGCCUUUAGCCUCCUCACUCUUCAUGUUCAGUGUGAAAGCGCAGAAGGCGAAGGAGACAAAGUUAAAAUAGAAGUAUUACACGUCCCCAGUGUCUGCACGCAGAAGAGCAAAAGAGGCGAUCUGGUAAAUGCACAUUACGAUGGGUACCUAGCCAAGGAUCUCUCCAAAUUUUAUUGCAGUCGAUCGGAAAGCAAUGGUCAUCCCAAGUGGUUUGUUCUCGGUGUUGGACAAGUGAUCAAGGGGCUGGAUGUAGCACUAAUGGACAUGUGCCCUGGAGAGAAACGGAAAGUGGUCAUUCCUCCUUCGUUGGCCUAUGGGGAUAAAGGCUAUGACAAAAUUCCACCCAACGCAACCUUAAUCUUUGAUAUUGAGCUGUAUGGAAUCAGUAGAGGACCACGCAGCAUUGAAGCAUUUCAGCAAAUAGAUUUGGACAAUGACAAACAACUCUCCAAAGAAGAGAUAAGCCAUUAUUUAACAGAAGAGUUUCGGAAAGAUGGGAAACAGCGAGAAUCCUCAGUGCACGGUUUGGUUUUAACAGAUAUAUUUCAGAAGAAUGACCACAACAAAGAUGGCUUCAUAUCCAAAAAUGAAUACAACGUCUUUAGGCAUGAUGAAUUAUAACAAACAAUUUACCUAUUUGUUCGUAGUGAUGCCACAAAUUUAAUUUUUUUUCUUUUUGGCGUUAUCUUGGAGCACAGUCACACAAAUGUUAUCUGAUCAAAGCCUGAAUAAGGACGUUUUCACAUUAUCAUAUGAUAUGAUAUGAUCCAAUAUCAACCACAUUAUACUGACCUUCUGGUACAAUGAGACGUCUCGAAUUUCCACAAAAAAUGACUGACCCUAUUAUAAUGUAACUUACAUUACUAUGAAUCUGUUAAGUAUUUGCACUGUGCAAUAAAAUAAGGUUUACAUCAGGCCUGGCCAACCGGUGGCUCUCCAGCUGUUGCGAAACUACACAUAACAAUGAAUUGCCACAGUUUGCCAUUAGGGAAUGCUAAAACUGUGGCAGAGCAUGCUGGGAUGUGUAGUUUCACAGCAGCUGGAGAGCCACAGGUUGGCCAGGCCAGGUUUACAUAAACUAAUUCGCAGACACAUCAAAUGAUUGGUUGCAAAUGGAGAUUAUUUUAGUAGCUGUUGAUAAUUGUUAUGCACAUGCCUAGAAGUGGUAGCGGUGGCUUAACAUCUACGUGUGGCUUGUUUCCCUCUUCUACUGUCUCUCAGAGGUGAACGUUCCUUAAGCAAACCAUCUACUGUCCUCAUACAUCUAGCCUCAAUAAGCCACGCACUGCAAGAUGCCUUUCGUGAGUCAGCCAGCAGGUUCCGGGCAGUUCUUCUAACAUCAGGCUUAGUUUUUUGCAGAAAAAUGCUCAUUAAAAUGAUAAUCGACAUGCCUAUAUUCUGUGUGCGACUGCGGCUUUAUCUGCAUAUGAAAUGUUACGCUACAGUGAUUUCCAGGAAAACACUGUAUCGUAGCAUUUCAUAUGCAGAUACAGCCACUCACUUUUUUGAGGUGCAGAGCAAAUCAAUAUAGAUGUCAAACUGCCUGCGAGUUAAUAUAAUUUAUUGGAAAUCUGUAUUACCCUAUAUUCUGGGAUAUGUCAAACUGCAUAUCAGGUUGAAAAUGUUGGUGGGUUUACCUUGAAGCUUGCUUGCAAAGUGCAGGCUGGAUUAAGGGCCUCAUGGGCCUGGGACUUUAAAAUAUUAUUAAGGGCCCACUGUGAGAAGAGGAGAGGGUAUGUCCAGUGCUGUGUGGGUGUGGCCAGUGCCAUGUGGGCAUAUACAAACCCUACCAUAUCAGCCAGGGUGAUCUCUGUGUAUGGGCUUAAUGGGCCCACAAUCCUAGGGGCCUGGGCAACUUUGGCCGGUAACACCACCCCCUCCCCCUUAUCUUGCAGUCGCGAGUGGUAAUACCUGACCCCCCAGCUUGCAGCCGUGGGCAAUAACUCCCAAUCCCCACCCCCUUAGCUUACAGCCACGACAGGUGAAAGAUAGACAUCAACCUUACCUUGCAGCUGCAGGCCCAACCACCUAUCAUGUAGCAACCGCCUUGGCAGUUCCCAUGGCCUUUGAGAACUCUCCAGCUGGUUGAUGUGAUUUUUUUCUUCCACCUCCCGACAGCCAAAGCCUGCAGGUAAGAUAGUGCUUGCUUGGGGUGUUGAAUGGUAUGCCGGCAGCCGGGAUCCCGACUGCUGGCAUACCGACAGCGGGGCAAGAGCAAAUAAGCCCCUUGCGAGCUCGCUGCGCUCGCCACGCUGUGGACCCCCAAGAAGGAGAAUAGUUGUCGGUAUGCCGGGUGUCAGAAUCCCAACAGCCGGCAUGCUGAAUAUCACCCCUUGCUUGUCCUGCUUUCACUAAAGUUAUAAAAACUGCAUGCAUUUAUUGUUAAACAGAACCCUAAAGCAUCACAGUUGAGGCACGGGGAGGAUAUAAAGGUGUAAUUUUGACUGUUUACAUUUUUGUUCCUGUGAAUGGGUGGGUAGGGGCCCCAGUACCCACACUGCUGUUAAGGCGGUCCUGCUAUCAGAUCCAAUGGGGGAUAUUCAAUUGUUUGAAAAGUCAGUUAGAUGUCUGUUUUUUCCUAUCUAAUAGACAGGUAAAAACAGACAAACAGACACCCAACCGACUUUUCAAACAAUUGAAUCCCCCCCCCCCCCCCUCUCCAAUGUCUCCCAUAGGGGCAGAUGUACUAAGCCUGGAGAAGUGAUAAACCUGUGAUAAGCACAAGGUGAUAACGCAUCAGCCAAUCAUUACGGUUUGAAAAAUGACAGUUAGGAGCUGACUGGCUGGUGUGUUAUCACCUUGCACUUAUCACUUCUUUAUCCCUUCUCCAGGCUUAAUACAUCUGCCCCUACAUGAGUUAAAAUAGAAAAACUGCAGCAUUUUGAAAGGAAAAUAGAAAUAUUUUUUUAGACUUAUGGGCAAUCAUUUGGGUGGCUGGCCAUCAUCGUGCUAUCAUGAUGAUGGGUCUAGCUGUAGUCCCAGCAUGCCCAUUCUUAAUCUGUCCCUGCCAAAAAUGUCUCAUUUAGGGGGUGCUUCAGACCUGAUCGUAGAUGUGCAAAAUUUUGCACAUCUACGAUCAGCUUCCCUGACACGGGGAAGGGGGGGGACGGGGACGCCCAGCACAGGGCUAGUCCACCCAGCAUGUCAGACCCGACACCCCUGCACAAGUACAAAAGCAUCGCACAGCGGCGAUGCUUUUGUACUAGAAGAGUAGCUCCCAGCCAGCGCAGCUCCUGCGCGCUGGCAGGGAGCUACUAAUUGCUGCCCGGCUCGCAUCGGCUGCAUGUGACGUCACGCAGCCGCUGUGCCCCCCCCCACUCAACAAUCCGGCCACACCUGCGUUGCCUGGAUCACGCCCCCUAAAUGGCGGCCAAACGCCGUCGGCUGGCCCCUUCCCGCCCAGCGACCGCCUCUGCCUGUCAGUCAGGCAGAGGCGAUCGCAGGGCUAAGACAGCCGUCAGCGCCGGUGCAUGCACACUUCAGACCUGAUCGCUGCUGUACGAACACGCACAGCAGCGAUCAGGUCUGAAGUAGCCCCUUGGAUAGGUUAAGGGGACACGUACUUGAUCCUUAUUUGCUCAGUUAUAGGUUCUCAACUGCGGUAACACUAAAAUAGUAAUCAUUACAAAACAAAUGUCAUUUCAGAAUUGUUUGAUGUCCUGGUUUGAGAGAAACAAAGGAAACGGAAUAAAAUAAUCGUUAAGAACAUG